UUUCUUUCUGGAAAUUUCUUCCAAAGUGAGGUUAAGUUGUUGUAUUUAGUGCUUCUGUGUGUGAAAAAUCUGAUCGGAAAAAUGGCCCUCUCAGUCCCCAAAGCCCCCGGAGUAUCUUCAAUGUUGAAGGAUGGAGCACGGAUGUUCAGUGGACUCGAUGAGGCGGUAUUCAGGAAUAUCUCAGCAUGCAAGGAAUUUGCACAUUCAGUGCGUUCAGCCUAUGGGCCCAAUGGGAUGAAUAAGAUGGUGAUUAAUCAUCUGGAAAAGCAGUUUGUGACCUCGGAUGCGGGUACAAUUAUCCGGGAAUUGGAUGUAGAGCAUCCAGCUGCACGAUUGAUGGUACUCGCAAGUCAGAUGCAGGAAGCUGAAGCAGGGGACGGCACUAACUUCGUGGUUAUUCUCGUGGGAGCACUUUUGGAGGAAGCUGAGGAGCUUCUGAGGCUGGGUGUGACCACCAGUGAGAUUGUUGAGGGUUACGAGAAGGCCCUGACGAAGGUUCUGGAAAUUCUGCCUGAACUCGUGUGUCACGAAGUGAAGGAUUGUCGGGAUUUUGGGCAAGUCCGUGAAGCAAUUCGGGCUUCAAUUAUGUCCAAACAGUACGGGAAUGAGGACUUCCUGGCAGAACUCAUUGCCAAGGCGUGCAUUUCCAUCCUCCCUGAGAAGACAACCUUCAAUGUGGACAACAUACGUGUUUGCAAGAUUCUCGGGAGUGGCAUUCAACGCUCUGAAGUGCUUCAUGGGAUGGUUUUCAAGAGACAAGUUGAGGGUGACAUCACAAGUCAGCGUGAUGCAAAGAUUGCCCUUUUCUCCUGCCCAGUGGACAUCAUUCAGACGGAAACAAAGGGAACGGUUCUCAUUAAAACCGCCGAUGAGUUGAAGAACUUCAGUCGUGGCGAGGAGAGUCUCCUGGAGGAGCAAAUUAAAGCCAUUGCAGCCACAGGGGCGAAGGUUGUUGUAUCCGGUGGGAAGUUCGGGGACAUGGCGCUGCAUUUUAUGAACAAAUACGGCCUCAUGGCGGUGCGCUUGCUGUCAAAGUUUGAUCUGCGACGCCUCUGCAAGGCUGUCAAUGGAACGGUGCUGCCCCGUCUUACUGCCCCUGCUGCUGAGGAGCUUGGAUACUGCGACAGUGUUGCUGUGGAUGAAGUUGGAGGCACCACUGUGGUUGUUUUCCGCAGUGAAGGCAGCGAAGGACGUAUUGCCACGGUUAUUAUCCGGGGAUCCACGGACAAUGCCAUGGAUGACGUUGAGAGAGCCAUUGAUGAUGGGGUCAAUAACUUCAAGGCUCUCACUAAUGAUGGGCGCCUUCUGCCGGGAGCUGGAGCCGUCGAGGUGGAGCUUUCCCAGCGUCUAGCUGUCUUUGCAGACACCCUCCCAGGGCUGGAUCAGUACGCUGUGCGGAAGUUUGCAGCCGCCCUGGAGGUCUUCCCCAAGGCCCUGGCUGAAAAUACCGGCGUCAAUUCCACGGAAGUCCUCCAGGCUCUUCAUCUAGCUCAUCGUGGUGGUGCCGCUACGCAGGGCUUCAAUCUCGAGAGUGAUCUUCCGGGAACACUCGAUGCAAAGGAAGCCAAAAUCUUCGAUGGAUACUCAACGAAGGUUUGGGCCCUCCGGAAUGCCGUGACAGCUGCCACAACCAUUCUCAAAGUCGAUCAAAUUAUCAUGGCUAAGAGGGCUGGUGGACCGAAGCCACGACAAGCUCCCGGAAGCGACGAUGAAGCUUAGAACGCGCGCCCGGAAACUUCAUCACUUUUUCCUUCUUCUUCUUAAGCUUUUUUUGUAUUAACCUCACAAAGAUCUUUCAGAAAAUACAUCCAGUUUCACUAAAAUAAAA